CCCUGUCUGUGAGGAGAUUAUAGCAUCAGCAGUAGCAGGCAGCAGUGAGCUCAGCAAGGGAGACUCAGGGAACCGCUGUCAUGGAUAGCAAACACGCCAGAGGCCUGCAGACUAGCUCUCACACACCGGUGUGCUGUAGCUCAACAUGAGUGGCCUGGGGGACAGCGCCCUUGACCCCACGACCCUGGAACCCCGCAAGAGGAAAAGGUCACCAUGUGACACGUCAGGACAGAGUGUUGAGAAGCAGUGGCGGGAGCAGGAGUGCCAUUAUAUUGAGGAGCUGGCUGAGCUCUUCUCCGCUAACAUGGGUGACAUUGAGAGCCUGAGUGUCAAACCAGACAAGUGCAAGAUCCUGAAGAACACUGUGGACCAGAUCCAGCUGAUUAAGAGGCGCGAGCAAGAGAAAGAAGCCUCCGCAGUCUCAGCUGAUGAUGAUGUUCAGAAGUCAGUCAUCUCGCCCAGCCGUCAGGGGAUGAUUAAGAAGGAAUCCCUCGGCCUCCUUCUACUGGAGACGCUGGAUGGCUUUUUCUUUGUGGUGAACCGCGAGGGUCGGAUCGUCUUUGUCUCAGAGAAUGUGACGAAUUACCUGGGCUACCACCAGGAGGAGCUGAUAAACUCCAGCGUCUACAGCAUCCUGCAUGUUGGAGACCACAACGACUUUGUGCGCAACCUGCUGCCCAAGAGUCUGGUGAAUAGGGUCCCUUGGCCGAAGGAGUCCCCUCGCAAAAACAGCAAUACCUUCAACUGCCGCAUGCUAGUGCGCCCCCCAGACAAGGCAGACUCUGAAAACCAAGAGGCGCAGCAGCGGUACGAGAUCAUGCAGUGCUUUACUGUGUCCCAGCCCAGGACUGUCCGAGAGGAGGGGGAAGAACUGCAGUCUUGUUUAAUCUGUAUUGCGUGUCGCCUGCCCCGUGCACAGAUUCCAGAGUCCUUUGUCACCAAACAGGACACCACAGGGAAGAUUAUCUCUAUUGAGACAAGUGCACUGCGAGCAACAGGCUGCCCUGGCUGGGAAGACCUGGUCAGAAAGUGUAUCUAUGCCUUCUUCCAGCCACAGGGCAAGGAGCCGUCCUACGCCAAGCACAUACUGCACGAGGUGAUGGCCCACGGCACAGCCAUCAGUCCAGUCUACAGGUUCACUCUGAGUGAUGGCACUGUGCUCAGCGCUCAGACUCGCUGCAAAUUCUACUGCCCCCCCAGCCCAGACGUGCAGUCUUUCAUCAUGGGCAUCCACACUAUUGACAGGGAACACAGCACACUUAGCUCUCCUCAAGGGAGCAUCUCUCCAGCCCAGGCCCAGCUAUCACCCUCCCACCACAGUGCCACCUCCCAGCACCUAGGAAAUGAAUUCAACCAAGCCCCAGGCUCUGGCCUACACCUCAACAAUGGCAACAACAAUGUUAUAAGUAGCGGUCCAGGCACCUCAACCGCUCACACAGGGGGCUAUGGCAGUCCAGCAACUAAUCAAAUGGGGGUUCAGCAAUUAAACAGUCCCUCUCCACUAGGCAGCCCCCUGGGGGCAACUCCCACCCCUUUCAUGUCACCCUGCCCCCCACAUGGGAGCCCAGGGCUAGGGGGAAGCCCCAGGUUGCCAGGGAACCCCUUCUCCCCUUCUACUCCCAGCAUGCACUCCCCAGUGGGCAUGCCCAGCAGCAGCAACAGUGCUGGCAGUGUGGGUGGCAGCCUCACUAGGCACCAUUUGGGCAACCUAGGAACUCUGGGGGAGCAGGUCACCACGCCCUUAGGCUUUUCCAUGCCUUCCUCAGCCAAACAAAAACAGACACAGACCCCAGUCAGCACCCCCACCCAGAAUUCCCCAGGGUGUCUGCCAUCAGCCAAAAUGGCACAGGCACCACUUACUGUACCUUCUGAGGCAGAGGAUCCUGGGUAUGGAAGAAGCAAGACCCCCAAGCUCCUCAGCAACCCUAAGCUGGCACAGCUGCUGGAUACCUGGGGCAGGGCCCCCGAAACAGACCCCAGAAAAGGCUCAGAAUCCCAGGGAGCCACCCAACCAUCUUCCGCUUCCCAGUGCCUGACCUCUCGCAGCUCCCUCACAGAGAGGCACAAGAUCUUACACCGACUGUUGCAGGAGAGCAGCCCCACAGACCUGAACACCCUGCCUUCCACAGAGGAGGAUGAGAACAGGAAGGACUCGGCACCGCCUGGGGGUGGCAGCGGAGGGGCGGCAGAGGUGAAGCAAGAGCAGAUGAGCAGCCCCUGCAACAGUAAAGCCCAGGAUCACCAACUGCUGCGCUCUCUGCUGGAUAAAGACGAGAACGGGCUAGGUGACCUGCCAUCCUCUUCCACCCUCACUCUUGACCUUGUCAAAAUAAAAUCUGAGAAAGUGGAGACCCCUACUAGUGCUGCCACCCCUUCCCAGGCAGCACACGCUUCCCCAAACCAAGUGAUCAAGGAGGAGGUCAAACUGAAGUCCAACAACCAGUAUUCUUUGGACCAGCUUCUUCCAACACUGCAGGGUUCAAUGGCAGACCCAGCAGAGUUAUACGGAUCUCAGUCAGGGGACAUUCCUGAAGGUGUCAACAUGAAACAGCAGCCCCUCAAUCCCAGUGGAAUGCAGAGUACCCCAGGCAGGGGCAAUGUUUUCAAUGACUGUUCUGGUCUUCAGAGUCAGUUUCCUUUUGAGUUCAGCAACCCCUCCACUCCCACAAAGAGCCGAGCAGAUCUCUUCCAGUUAACGAACGCUAGCAACCCUUUCUCUAACCAAGGCAGGGCCAACACCUUCCAGAGAGAGACAGGUCUAUCAGAGCUGGAGGUGGUUGGAGUUCAACAGUUCCCUCCUCGCCCAAUGGGAGAGUUGAUGCCCUUUGAAACCAACAUGGUUAGCCAAGGCAAUAUGGAAAUCCAGCAGAAACAAUGCCUCCCCUCACCCGUGGAUGAGCUAUUGUGCCCCCCCACCACCCCUGAGGGCCGCAGUGAUGAGAAGGCUCUGCUGGAGCAGCUGAUCUCAUUCCUAAGUGGGACAGACGAAAGUGAGCUGGCUGAGAUUGACCGCGCGCUGGGCAUCGAUAAGAUGGUGCAGGGUGGUGGCCUAGACCCCCUUCAGGAGAGGUUCCCCCCUCAGCCCCCACAGUUGGACCCCAUGCUUCUGGAUUCCAAGCCCCCUGGUUACCCCCCACAGUUCUCCCCUGGUCUGCAGCAACCGCAGAGACCUGGUUUCAGAGCCCUGCAAGGAGGGUUCCCUGGUGUGGUGGGGAUAGGGCUCCGUCCCGGUAUGGCCAUAGCACCGAGUGUCCCCAAUCAACUCCGACUGCAGCUACAGCAGAGACUGCAGGGGCCACAACAGAUGAUACACCCGAACCGGCAGGCUAUGAUGACUCAGUUUGAAGGGGCAGGUCCAGUUGCCAUGAGGCUGUGUCAAGGAAUGCAACAACAGCAGUUAUCUUCGCAGCCUCCUCUCAAUGCCCAGAUGCUGGCCCAACGACAGCGUGAGCUCUACAGCUUCCAGCACCAUCAGAGGCAGCUGUUGCAGCAGAAGGCAUUGCUUAUGCAUCAGCAGGGGUUCAACCGGGGGCGGCUACAGGCCUCUGGAGCUAUGGGUGCUCCCCUGGGAGCAGUAUGGGUCCUCAAGGGGCCCCAACAGCAACCACAGCAACCACAGCAGCAGUUCUCCUACCCCCCAGGUUACAGCCCCGGCCCGGGGAAUACACCCACUUCCUCCAGUCCAUUCUCUCAGCUGGGUGGGCCUCCUGACGGCCAACUAACAGCACAGGGCAUGACAAACUGGGGCAUGAUGGGGAAUUUUGCUGGACAGUUAGGUGGCACCAUGAACCCCCAGAUCCAACAGAACAUUUCCCUGCAGUAUGGGGGGCCUGGAAUAGGCCAGCAGGGGGAGCCUUCCUUCCCUCCCACUCUUAGUCCUACCAGCCCCCUGCUAUCUCCGCGGAUUAUAGCUUCCCAGAGUCCACUGCUCCAGCAGACACAGCCCACUCCUGGGUACCAGUCACCUGACAUGAAGAGCUGGCAGCAGGGCAACUUGGGGAAUAACAGCAUGUUCAGCCAUCCUGCGCAGACCCCACCCCAGCAGUUCCAGCAGCAGGACAUGUAUAACAACAUGAGCAUCACAGUGUCGAUGGCAGGAGGGACAGGAGAUGUCAGCUCCAUGGCUCCCACGGGCGUACCUGUUGGGAUAGGCAAUGGCAACAUGGGGGCUGUCAACUCCAUGUGUAACGAGCAGGUGCAGCAGGUUCAGGUUUUUGCGGAUGUCCAAUGCACUGUCAACCUGGUGGGAGGUGACCCCUACCUAAACCAGUCUGGGCCAAUGGGAUCACAGAAAGGGGCCACAGAUGCACAGACCCCCCAGUCACAGCAGAAGAGUCUCCUACAGCAGCUGCUGACCGAAUAAGGCCCUACAGGGGAGCUUAGCAUUUCACAAAGAAAGAUAUUUAUACUUUUCACAUUUUGUUUUUGAAAAUGAUAUCAGGGUGGGUAGCAGAUUCUUUAACCUACAGUCUGGGUAGGCAUUGGAUCCUGUUCCUGAUUGGGCAGUUGGAGAAUAAAGUUCCUGGUUGGGCUCUGUGAGGAUCUGCUUGGGUUUGGGCAGUUGGAUCUGUGUUGCGUUUGGAAACUGUGCGCAGGAUGUUUUUAAUUUCAUAAAGGAUAAUUCAGUUUCAGCUGGAUCUGUUACUGAUUGACUGUCCACUGCAGUGCCUCUCAGGAAAGACGUGGUUCUCAGUUUUACUUUGUGAUUAUAAUCUUGAAAAAGGAAAAGGGGACCAUAGACUGCCACACACAAUCUGCCACAGGCUUCCCUGUGGGAAUUUUUAUAAACACCAGGUGACAUUGCACCUUCACAAACACAACUCCUUUUCUCGCAGCUGUGAAUUUCUUGAGCUACAAAGGCUCACUCUAACCUCUCAGUGUUUUCGCCGUGUGUACAAUAAAGACCGACUUGCAUACAGAAGGAUUGUGACACAGUCCAACACUUGCACAGUACAAACUGUGGUUCAAUCUGUCAUUGUUGUACAAUAUAGACGUGCUCUGGCCCAGUCACACACUGUUGUACAAUAUGGACCUAGACUGGUAUAGUCCAACACUAUUGUCUCGGGGACAAAGACAUUUAAAAAAAAAAAAAAAAAAAUUAACAA